AUGAAAAAUACUGUAGAAAAAACAAAGCGUGGUCAUCCACCAAAAUCCUCAAAAUCCCAAGAAAUGGUUGCUAAAUCUUCUUCGAAGAUUCACACAAAAGUUCCAAAACCUUCGUCUAAAGCAAAACCUUUAACAAAAGUAUUAAAAGCAUCUAAAUCUUCCCCAAAAAAUGUAUCUAAAUCUUCACAAAAAAAUUCUUCAAAAAAAUCAUUGGUUUAUUAUGAAGAUGAAAAUGAGGAUGAAAAUGAGGAUGAAAAUGAGGAUGCAAAUGAGGAUGCAAAUGAGGAUACAAAUGAAGACGAAGAUGAUGAACUAAGUCAAAAUCAACGAAAUAUUCAAAAUAACGACAAUAAUGAUGCUUCAUCAUUGCCGAAAUCUUCAACCAAAAAUCAAAAUCAAAGGAGUGUUAUAUUUGGAGAUGAAGCAGGUAAUUCUUCAACAUCUAAUAUAGCAACAAAUAUUUUAAAUUUGCUAUCAGAGAACGAAGAUAACGAUAAUA